ACUGCAUGCACACAUGCCAAUUGAUUGAUUAUCUCUGGAUUGGUUACUCACAGACAGUUAUAGAAGAGAGGAUCAGAAAGAAAAAAAAAAUUAGAGAGAGAGGAGAAGGUAUAUAAAUACAUGGAUUCGGUAGGACCGUGGAUGGGGGCCGGGGGACGUCGAGGAGGUGGGCCCUUCUCGUCUGACCUGUGGGACCCAUCUGGGGCAUGGGGCCAAACUCUGAGCGACCGCGACCGUGGCGAUGAGACAUCUGCCCUUGCUCACACCCACGUUGACUGGCUUGAGACCGACAACGCCCAUGUCUUCAGAGCUGACAUUCCCGGAGUCAGGAAGGAGGAGGUGAAGGCCCACGUGGAGGACAACAACGUGCUCCAGAUCAGUGGAGAACGCAGCAAGGAGCAACAAGAGAACACAAACGACAAGUGGCAUCGUGUCGAGAGGCGGAGGGGCAGCUUCUCCCGACGGUUCCGCCUGCCCAACAAUGCUGACCUCGACGGCAUCAAGUGCUCCCUAGAGAACGGGGUGCUCACCGUCACCGUGCCCAAGAAGGACGCCGAGCCAUCCCAGAAGGCCGACGUUCGAUACAUAGACGUUGCCUAACAUAUAUAUGAUCGAUGAACUGUGCUUCGUGAUCUCUCGCCUACAUAUUUAUAUAUGAAUGUAAGUAUGUAUGUUAAUAUUUUUCAGUUCCCUUUUUUACGGUAGAAUAUUUCUGUUCCUUUCCUUGGCCUGUGCCGUACUUCCUUACUACGUUACAACCGGCUCUUCCGAGAGCUCUGUGCGUCGAGCUAGAGAACUUGUCUCUCUUACUAUACUACUACUAUUUCUUCUUUGUGACUUCGUACUAUGUCUAAUUUGUAU